GUGCUAAUGCUUUGAAUCAUCCGAAUAUGACAACAACAUUGAAGAAUUCAGGAGCAUCACUCUCUGACGGUGCUAAUGCUUUGAAUCAUCCUAAAAUGACAACAACAUUGAAGAAUUCAGGAGCAUCACUCUCUGAAUCAACAGAAGGAAGCAUGUCUUCAGUUACUCCCUCAACACCAUGCCAGUCUCCUACCCUGAAAGGAGCUGAUGACUUAGAAUCUCCUCAAACAACACCAUCGAUGAAUUCAAGACCAUCAUUUGAAUCAACAGAUGAAAACAUGUCUUCAUUUACUCCCACAACGCCAUGGCAGUCUCCUAUCCUGUACAGUGACCAGGACUCUGCAGAAGAGUCCACACCUGACUCUGAGGAGGAAUACGUACCUGACUCUGUAGAUGAAGACACGUCCGAUAAAGACAUGGAGGAUGAAGAAGUGCUCACAACACCUUACAAGAGGAAACAGGAAAGACCAUUUCCACUUAAAAGGCACGGGAAAAAGCCGAUGACUGAAGCGAAGCGAGUUAAGGAUCAGCACCACCCACCAGAGGAUUGUACCACUGAAGACCCUAGCAGCGACUCUCUUUCUGUAAUGAUAUUGUCAAAGAAGCCUGAUGGAAGAAGGUCUUACAGCAAACAUUUCUGCCUGUUCUGUGGAAAGGGAUAUUCCAAAAUGGCCCGCCAUUUGGAACAGAUGCACCAGAAGGAACAAGAAGUAGCAAGGGCUCUUGCAUUCCCAAAGAAGUCCAAGAUGAGACGAAUCCAGCUGGACUUGCUAAGAAAGAGAGGCAAUCGUGCCCACAAUAUAGAAGUGUUGUCAGCUGGUAAAGGUACCCUGGUGCCUUGUAAAAAGUCGAAUGAUGUUGUCAAUCCAAAGGAAUUCAUGCAUUGCCUGAAUUGUCAAGGCCUCUUUAAAAGAAAGUUUCUUUGGAAACAUAUGCAGAGAUGUAACUUGGCUCGCAGAUGUGGUACUCCCGCUCCAGGGAAAAACAGAGUUCAGGCACUUUGUGCUUUUGCUCAACCUGUGCCAGAGGGAGUCAACCAAAUGCUGUGGAAAGUAAUCAGCGUCAUGACCCAAGACGACAUUACAGACACCAUAAAGCGGGAUCCCUCAAUUAUCAAGAUGGGUGAACAUCUGUACAACAAAGUGGGUUCAGAUCCAAGUAAGCAUCAGUACAUCAGGCAGAAACUGCGUGAAGUGGGCAGACUUCUACUCUACAGUAAGGAGGUGGGUCAUCUGAAAACCAUGUCUGAUUUCGUCAUACCUGCCAAUUUUCCACAUGUUGUCAGUGCAGUACGACAUGUGUCAGGAUUCAGUGCUGAAAAGAACAACUUCCGCAUUCCAUCACUGGCCUUAAAGUUAGGCCACAGUUUGAAAAAAAUUGCAGACAUAAUCGAGUGUGAAGCUAUGAUCUCAGGAGAAAAAGAAACUGUCCAGAAUGCCCGGAACUUCAAACAAAUCUAUGACACUAAGUGGAAUGAAUGCAUCUCUUCUUCGGCUCUUCGAACACUAACCGAUGCCAAAUAUAAUGCACCACAGCUCCUCCCCUUCACAGAUGACGUCCGGAAGCUGCAUCUGUACCUUGACGACAAGCAAAAAGAGAAUGUCCGCAAGCUGUCAGCUGUAGUCAGCCAGAAGAACUGGGCCAGUCUAGCUAAAGGGACUUUGGCCCAGAUCAUCUUGUUUAACCGUCGGCGGGAAGGGGAAGUUUCCAAAAUGCCACUAACAGCAUUUACAUCGCGAGACGCAUCCUCUAUGCACCCUGAUGUUGAAGAAGCACUAAAUGAAGUGGAGAAGAAACUCUGUGGUCACUUUCAACGAGUAGAGAUAAGGGGCAAGUGUGGCAGGAAAGUCGCGAUUCUUCUUACUCCACCCAUGGUUCAGUCGAUGGAACUCCUUGUUGAAACGCGCAACAGCUGUUUUCCUGAUGAGAACCAAUACAUGUUUGGACGACCAGGAACACAGUCCUAUUUCAAAGGAUCCGACUGUAUUCGGAUUUUUGUGCAAAAUUGUGGGGCAAAGCAUCCGGAGAGGCUGUCCUCCACCAAGUUACGAAAGCACAUUGCAACCAUGUCCAAGGUGUUAAACUUGACGGACACUGAUAUGGAUCUUUUGGUUGAGUUUCUGGGUCAUGAUAUCCGCGUGCACAAGAAGUUCUACCGUCUUCCUGAAGGCACUUUGCAACUGGCCAAAAUAACGAAGAUUCUUACAGCGCUGGAAACUGGUCGGUUGGCAGAGUUCAAGGGCAGAAAUCUUGAUGAAAUCAAUAUCGACCCCAAUGAGACACUUGAUGUUACGACAGGGUUUGCUGAUGAGGACUGCUCAGACACGGACCCUACCCCAUCACAGCCAGGUGCCAAUAACACCAACAAAGAUUCACCAUCUACAUCAGCCAGAGAUGAAACGCCACAGACUGGACCAAGUACAGCAGCCAAGAGGAGGUGGACACAGGAGGAGGUUGCAGCUGUUGAGGCCAAGCUCAUGAAUCUCAUAAAGGCAGGAAGAACACCCGGUAAAAGGCAGUGUAUCGAUUGCAUUCAAGCUGCACCAAAAGCGCUACAAAACAGAGACUGGACUACCAUCAAAUACUACAUCAAAAAUCGAAUCGCCUCAUACCAAAGAGUGGCAAGUAAGAGGGUCACAUAAAAUGUCCCAGACUGGAGCAUUGGUAUCUUGCAGUAGAUAAACAGCUAGGUUGUUGGUGUUCAUGUCCUCUUGGCUGCUGUAUUUGGUUCAUUUCUGCAGGAUAAGUGUUGGUGUUAAUGUUGUCUUGGCCACAUUCUCUUGGUUUUCUUUUAUGUAGUAUGAUAGGCUCAGAUGUUUUUUUCCCUGGUGUGAUUCAGAAGUUUAUAACCUUGAGUAAAACUUAUGGAAAGUCUGGUUAAUUAUAUCCCCGAAACGCGGCGCGUCAGGGAUGUAAUGGUUUUACGUGCACCGCCAUGUCCGCCGCGUUAGGUCUUUCGUGUUAACGCGAUAACUUUUGAACGUAUGGUUGGAUUUGUCCCAGAUUUGGUUUGUGAAUGCUCUAGGGUAGGUUCAUGAACUGAUUCUAGUUUGGAGGUCAACACUUUCAAAAUGGCGGAAUUUUUAUUUGGCCCAUAACUUCUGACUGGGUGGAUUGAUUUGCGCUGUAAUUCCUUAUUUUAAUGGUUCACCAUUUCAGUGAAUCUACCAUAUUAGGUACAGUGUAUUAACCAGUGUAACAAUAUUAAAUACCAUGCAAUACUAGUGUAACAAUAUGCAAUGUCAUGUAAUACCACUUACACACAAAUACAUGAUGUAAGUACAAAAUUGGUACAUUGUGUUACACUGGUAUUACAUGGGGAUUAAAUAUGUUGCACUGGUUAUUACACUGUACCUAAUGUGGUAUAUCCUCUGUAAUAGUGAAUCAUUAAAACAGUGUUACCAUUUGCCCCAUUUUUUGCUUCAUUUUCACAAUAAUCUAUUGGUUUUAAGCCUAUGCACGUCAUUGAUCUAUGUAUAGAUAUUAAAUAUAUUUCUUUUAUAUUUCGUAUUUAUCAAUAUCAUAUACGUUUUUAAAAAGGUGGACGGGAGUGGUAGGAAUGAUGGGGGACUGGAAGUGUCGCGUUUCGGGGAUAUACCUUAAGCAGUCGAAAGAGACUGCACAGGCUCAGUUUGAAAGUGGUUGAUAUGUUUAGUGCCUGAUUCUUCAUUUAUUUCACAUAUGCUUUGGGCCGCAGACCUUUGGCGCAGCUUGGUGUGCAAGAGUUGUGGUGUGCAGGUUUGUGAUGUGUUUAGUUGAUACAAGGUUACAUUCUGUCUGUAAUAUAAGCCUUUGUUUAUAUAGGUCUGGGGUCUGAGCAAGUGACCUAUCCACAUGUAGGAUAUCCUCUGUUAGUUUCUUAUGUGCUACUUCCCCCCUUUUCUUGUGGGCACAAUUAGGAGAUAAUCUGUCCCCUUAAAGUGAUACUGCCCCAUU